AUGGUGCAUUCCAAACUUAUUGGAGUUGCAAUAUUAUUGGUAUUGCUCUUUGUGGAUCUUGCUUUUGGUGCAAGAUUUUAUGGUAGAGGAGGAGGCGGCGGAGGUGGUGGUGGUGGUGGUGGAGGCUCAGCAUUGGGGGUGGGGUCAGGGUAUGGCUCAGGGGAAGGCUAUGGGUAUGGUGAAGGUAAUGAUGUGUUCGGGAGUAGUGGAGGCGGUGGUGGUGGAGGUGGUGGAGGUGGCGGUAACUCAGGAAGAGGUAGUGACUCUGGAUAUGGCUCAGGAUCAGGAUCAGGGUCAGGAUAUGGAUCAGGUAGAGGAAUAGGUAGGGGUGGUGGUGGAGGUGGCGGUGGUGGCGGAGGUGGUGGUGGUGGUGGAGGUGGCGGUGGUGGCGGAGGUGGUGGUGGUUCAGGAAAUGGUUCGGGUUAUGGAAGUGGAAGUGGUUCUGGUUAUGGAAGUGGUGGUGGUGGUGGCGGCGGUGGAGGAGGAGGUGGUGGAGGUGGCGGAGGUGGUUCGGGAUAUGGUAGCGGCUCCGGCUAUGGAUCAGGAUAUGGAGGAGGAAAUGGAGGCUAUAGAGGGGAUGAACCUUGA